UCUCCCCGCCUCUCACCACAGCCUCCAUGUUGAAGGUGCAGCAGAACUCCAUCAGCAGCGACGAUGACGACGAUGACGACGAUGACGACGAUGAGGAGGUGGACGGGCGACGUCGCCGUCACCAUGACGACGACGAUGACGACGAUGACGACGAUGACGACGAUGACGACGACGAUGACGUGGGAGGGGUGGCUGUGGGAGGCGGUGGAUCCCCGCCUCCGUUCCACCUCGACUCUCCCACCUCUGUGGAGCUACAACCACAGCUACCUGCCUACCUGCCGGCCCUACAGGGCUGCCGGAGUGUGGAGGAGUUUCACUGUCUGAACCGCAUCGAGGAGGGGACAUACGGAGUGGUGUACAGAGCCAAGGACAAGAAGACCGAUGAGAUCGUUGCUCUCAAGAGGUUGAAGAUGGAGAAGGAGAGGGAAGGGUUCCCGAUCACCUCUCUCAGGGAGAUAAACACCCUGCUCAAGGCUCAGCACCCCAACAUUGUGACAGUCAGGGAGAUUGUGGUGGGAUCUAACAUGGACAAGAUCUACAUCGUGAUGGACUAUGUGGAGCAUGACCUCAAGAGCCUGAUGGAGACGAUGAAGACGCCGUUCCUGCCUGGUGAGGUGAAGACUCUGAUGAUCCAGCUCCUCAGGGGGGUCCGCCAUCUUCACGACAACUGGAUCCUCCACAGGGACCUCAAGACCUCCAACCUCCUGCUAUCCCAUGCCGGCAUCCUCAAGAUUGGAGACUUUGGCCUGGCCCGUGAGUAUGGGUCUCCACUCAAGCCCUACACCCCCGUGGUGGUGACUCUGUGGUACAGAGCCCCCGAGCUGCUACUGGGCAUCAAGGAAUACUCCACAGCAGUGGAUCUGUGGUCCGUGGGCUGCAUCUUUGCCGAGCUGCUCACCCAGAAGCCGCUGUUCCCGGGCAAGUCGGAGAUUGACGAAAUCAACCGCAUCUUCAAGGAGCUGGGCUCGCCCAACGAGAAGAUCUGGCCGGGCUACGGAGAUCUUCCCGCGGUGAAGAAGAUGGCGUUCACGGAGCACCCCUACAACAACCUGCGCAAGCGCUUCGGGGCGCUGCUAUCAGACCAAGGCUUUGACCUCAUCAACAAGUUCCUCACGUACUGCCCGGCACGCCGUGUACAGGCGGACACGGCUCUACAUCACCGCUACUUCUCCGAGUCGCCGCUCCCCAUCGAGCCCGCUGUGUUUCCCACCUGGCCGGCAAAGAGCGAGCAGCCUCGUAGCCGCAGGGGCACAAGCCCCAGGCCUCCAGAGGGGGGCCUCGGAUACGCCAUGCUGGGUGAUGACGACGUGAAGGACAGUGGCUUCCACCUCACUCACUGUGUCUCUCUCUGUGUGUCUUUGUGUGUCUCUCUGUGUCUCUCUGUGUCUCCCAGGGUGAUGACGACGUGAAGG